AAAUUCAAGUGUAUAAAUAGUAGUGGGGAGGUUCGUUGAUCUUUUAGUUUUUAACUACAGCCAUCAGCCAUGGCAACAAACGCUGCUUUAGCUCCUUCAAGAAUCCCUGCCAACACCAGGCUUCCAUCUAAGACCACUCACUCUUUCCCCACUCAAUGCCCUUCCAAGAGACUGGAAGUGACUGAAUUCUCUGGACUUCGAUCCAGCUCAUGCGUCACCUUUGCCAAGAAUGUUAGAGAUGCUUCCUUUUUCGACGUGCUGGCUGCCCAACUUAGUCCCAAGGGUGUAGGGGUACCAUCAACAUCUGUUAGGGGAGAAACAGUUGCCAAACUGAAGGUUGCAAUCAAUGGAUUUGGACGCAUUGGCAGGAACUUCCUCCGAUGCUGGCAUGGCAGGAAGGACUCACCCCUCGAGGUUGUUGUUGUAAAUGACAGUGGUGGUGUCAAGAAUGCUUCACACUUGCUGAAAUAUGACUCCAUGCUGGGAACUUUCAAAGCUGAUGUGAAAAUAGUUGACAAUGAAACCAUCAGUGUUGAUGGGAAGCCCAUCAAGGUCGUCUCUAACAGGGACCCUCUCAAGCUUCCUUGGGCUGAACUUGGUAUCGACAUUGUAAUCGAGGGAACUGGAGUCUUUGUAGAUGGCCCUGGAGCUGGAAAGCACAUACAAGCUGGUGCCAAGAAAGUUAUCAUAACCGCUCCAGCUAAAGGUGCAGACAUUCCAACCUAUGUUGUUGGAGUCAACGAAGGGGAUUACGACCAUGAGGUCUCGAACAUCAUCAGCAAUGCUUCAUGCACCACAAAUUGCUUGGCUCCUUUUGUGAAAGUCAUUGAUGAAGAAUUUGGCAUUGUGAAGGGUACAAUGACAACCACUCACUCUUACACUGGAGACCAGAGGCUAUUAGAUGCUUCGCACCGUGACUUGAGGAGAGCCAGGGCUGCAGCAUUGAACAUUGUACCAACAAGCACAGGUGCAGCCAAGGCUGUCUCUCUUGUGCUUCCUCAACUCAAGGGAAAGCUGAAUGGCAUUGCACUUCGUGUGCCAACACCAAACGUAUCAGUUGUUGACCUUGUUGUGAAUGUUGAGAAGAAGGGCAUUACAGCUGAAGAUGUGAAUGCUGCUUUUAGAAAGUCAGCCGAGGGACCAUUGAAGGGUGUAUUGGAAGUGUGCGAUAUUCCUCUUGUCUCAGUGGACUUUAGGUGCUCUGAUGUUUCUUCCACCAUUGACUCUUCCUUGACCAUGGUCAUGGGAGAUGACAUGGUCAAGGUGGUGGCCUGGUAUGACAAUGAAUGGGGUUACAGCCAAAGGGUUGUUGAUCUGGCACACUUGGUGGCAAGCAAGUGGCCGGGCAUGCCUGUAGCUGGAAGCGGUGACCCCUUGGAGGAUUACUGCAAGACAAACCCAGCAGAUGAGGAAUGCAAAGUUUACGAGGCUUAAAUAGUUGCAACUUUAUGAUUGUUUUUUUCUUUUACUCGCAGAUGGUAUAGUUGGUGGCCAAGGGUUUUCCAAUGUUCAUGUUAACAAAAAAAAUAAACAGCUCAUUUUGUAAUGACAGCAGAGUGACAUGAACAUAUAACAUUUCAAUGCAUGCAGCUGCAAUCAUCUUUUGAAUUAA